ACCUCACUGACCUGGCAGGUGUCUUUGUUCCCUCUCUGGGCCCAAUAAGCAAGCGAGAGGAUGGAGCCCCUCUAUCAGACUGGAUCCAUUCUCAUGAAGGUGAAUACCCUACAAGGGAAGAAGAUGGUGGAGAGCGGCCUCCAGUCUGGAGACUUCUCCCUCUCCCAGUCAUGGCCUUCUUGCCUCCCACCCCUGGACGACCUGGAGAUCUUACAGCAGAAGGUAGCCGGGGUGCAGCGGGAGUUGGAGGACUUUAAGAAGGAGGUAUUGAAGUCCAUUCAUCACCUGGAAGAUGCCUUCUGCCAGAUGAACGGCGCCCUGGCUCAGCAAGAGGAGCAGGCGGCCCGCGUGAAGCAGCGGCUGAGGGAGGAGGAGGACCGAGGUGUUGUGCGGAACAAGGUGCUCACCUUCCUGCUGCCCCGGGAGAAGCAGCUCCGGGAGCACUGCCGGCGGCUGGAAUGCAUGCUGCUGAGCUGGGGCCAGGACACUCUGGCCCUGCCAGGAAGAGCCAGGCCGACUGAGCCCUAGUGCACCGAGUGGAAGAUAUUUUCAAAUAGAAAGAAAUCCUAAGCCCUCUUAGCUUGCU